UUUCUCGCUCCUUGCCAUUUUGUUCCUCUCGUUUUACGCAUCCGCCCCGAAUUCCCAUUUACCGCUCGCCCUCCUACAUCCGCGUCCUUUCCCACGUACACACGUCCACGUCCACCACCACCACCACCGCCGCCGUCGCCGUCUCUUCGUCCCAAAAAUAUUCACCGCCCCCAGUUUGGAUCAUGGUGCGCUCGAGUCGUCACAUUUUCCCGUAAGAUCGAAUCCAGCAAGAGUGCAGACGUGAGACGACUGCACCGUCGAAAUGGGCAACAGCCAGGGCAAGCCCAUCGACUUGGAUGGCGAAGUCAACCUCAACCAUUUCCGGUUGCUGCGAGUAGUCGGUCGAGGUGCUUUUGGAAAAGUGCGCAUCGUCGAGAGAAAAGACACCAAUUUGUCUUUUGCCCUGAAAUACAUUCGGAAAGAUGAAGUCGUACGAUCCGAAAGUGUGCGGAACAUCAUACGAGAGCGCCGGAUGCUCGAGCACGUGAACCAUCCGUUCAUUUGCAACUUGCGAUACAGUUUCCAAGAUAUCGAAUACAUGUACCUGGUAGUCGAUUUGAUGAGCGGAGGUGACCUACGAUUUCACAUCUCGAGAAAGACCUUCACCGAAGACGCAGUGCGGUUCUGGAUUGCCGAAUUGGGAUGUGCACUCCGCUACAUUCACAGCCAAAACAUUAUCCAUCGCGAUGUGAAACCCGACAAUGUCCUGCUCGAUGCCGAUGGACACGUGCAUUUGACCGACUUUAACGUCGCCUCCGAUAUCAUUCCUGGCAAGGUUUUGUCAAGCAAAUCCGGUACCCUGGCCUAUCUCGCUCCCGAAGUGUACGCUGGUAAGGGCUACGAUGUUCGUGCGGAUUGGUGGUCGUUGGGUGUGCUGUUCUACGAAUGCAUAUACAACAAGAGGCCAUUCGACGGCAAUUCGGAGAGCACCCUAAGCCAGCAAAUCCAACUCGCCAACCCGAAAUACCCUAUCACCUCGCCACCCGUUAGCCUGCCCUGUCUAUACGCCAUCCGCGAUGCGUUGGACUCGAACCGUGACCAACGAAUGGGUGCGACGUGGGAGAGCUUUACCAAGCACGAAUUCUUCAUGAUGAUCGAUUUUGAGGCGCUGGAGCGGAAAGAGAUUGAGCCGGUCUUCGUUCCGGCCGCGGAUAAGACAAAUUUUGAUGCUACGUACGACCUUGAGGAAUUGCUCUUGGAGGAGGCUCCUCUGGAAGCGCGGGCCCGACGACAGAAGCCCCGCGAGCGGUUAAAGGAGGACGCUUCAGACAAGGAGAUCCGCGAAGACGAGCUUUACCGUAUGAUUGAAAACGACUUCCGCCCAUUCGAUUACACGCUGGCUGCAUACAAAAAAAUCACUGGGAAAGGUGACGAGACCGGAUACGUCAAUGGCGAUAUGGUCAACAUGAACCAGCCCCAGGCGUUGACCACCGACGAGGCCACACCGGCAGCAAUGGCUACGAAUGGAGGAAGACCUAUGCCACCCCCGGGACCAUUACGGAAGAGUUCAAGCCUGGAGAGACGACCGGGCAGCAGUCAAUCGGGCGUUCCCCGUCGACCAGUAUCCAAGCCGCCUCCGAUACCGUAUUAUCCCAGCGAAUAUUCUAAUCAACGAGCGGCACCGCCAGCUGCAGGAAAGAGGGUCACCAGCCCGACAGGUGGCAUGCAGGUCACGUUGGACGGUGGCGGCAGCUGGUCUGACCUCGCCCGGCAGGAUGCCACGCUGCCGACAGACGCCGCCAUCAACGAGGGUAAAUCUGAAAGCUCGAGCGGCGUGUUUGGUUUCCUUAGGGGCAAAAAGGGAAGAGGUCACAGCCCCAAGCCGAAGGAGAGGGGAGUGUUGGGCAAAGAGGGGGCAAGACAAGUCAUUGGAUAGAAGACACUCGUGGUCUUGGGAAGAGUUGGAAAGACGCACAGGGAGCGGUGAUGGAUCGAUACCCGAGGAAUUCAGCAAAACACGAAGGAAUCGCCGAACCACGCCUACCCGAAGACGCACUGUGAAAGGCCUGAGAAGAUGACGGCUAGAUCGUGGCAUCCCAGCAACCGAAUCCAGAGGCAGUGUGCCUACCAUUGGAAGGGUUGCACUGUAGAGGUUCCAUUGGGAGCAGACUGCAACGCCGAGGCGGGCAGAGGUUGCACGAGGCCGGCCCAGGUUGUUUU